AUGCAGAAGAGAAGAGAGUUAACAAAAGCCAACCCCGAGAAACAUGCUGAAGUAAAGAAGGCCGAUAAGGAAAGAAAAAAAAUGUGUUGCGAACGCAAGAAGGCCGAGAAUAGCAACGCAGCUUCGAGUCAGUCAUCCUUUCAAAAUCCGCUAGAAAGAGCAUGUAGCAUCACUUUUCAAUUGGAUCUUCUCCCUAAAGAUGAAGCUAAGAGAAAGGAAACAGUUCUCGGAAUGGCUAAAAGACUUGGUCUCAAUGUCCAAGAGCCAAUGCCGAAAUCAGCUAAGACUUUGGAAGUAGAAAAAUUCGUAACUGAUUUCUACAGUUCAGAUAAGAUCAGCCGAAUUCCAAAUUCCAACGCGGUUGUGACAAUUGAAAAAGGUGGCAGUGAGACAACAUCCCUGAGAUUCAUGACCUGCACAAUUCAAGAAGCAUACGAAAAAUAUAAGGCAGAUUUCCCACAGCACAAAAUUUGCUUCCAAAAUUUUUCUAAAUCGAGACCAAAUCGUUUUGUCAAAUUAAGAAGCAAAACUCCACGCGACACAUGUGUUUGCUCCACCCAUGCAAAUAUGGAAUUUGCGCUGAAAGCGUUAGCUCGUGCCGAUCCAACAUACAAAGAUGUAGCUAUUGGAAAUGACAUGAGCAAAAAUUUCAUUUGCAGUGGUAACAAGGAAAUAUGUUUUUCGAACAAAUGUUUCUUAUGCAAACAUUCACCAGCAUUCUUCGAGAAGUUCGAAGAAAACGAAGUCAAUGCCUCGGUGACAUGGGAGCAAUGGGUGAUUGAUAGAACAGUUUUUGGACGCGUAGAAAGAGUUAAGAAGACCGGCACUGUACCUGACCUUAUCAAGCACAUCAAAGAAAUGAAGGUCAAAUUUUUACUUCAUGUGCUUGUUAAGCGAAACCAGGCAGAAUGCUUGGAUUUAUAUAGCCUGCAAGCACAAUCUAAGAACGCAACAACAGCCGUUCUUCAAGUAGAUUGGGCUCAAAGCUACAGAUGCUUUCAACAAGGCUCCACGCAAGCCACCUAUUGGGACAAAAAGGAAGUUUCAAUUUUCACUGCAAUGAUGUGGCAUCGUGGAAAGAAAUCAAUGGCUGUCGCUCUUGAUUCUCAGGACCACACAAAAAAGACGGUUAUUCCUUGCCUCCACAAAUUAUUAGAAGAAGAAACCCNGAUGUUUCAUAUGUACUUUACUUAG